AGAAGAGUCUGCUUCCAAAGUCAAGUCGAGCUGCCUUGCAUUCACUAAGACAUGAACUUAGAUGGGGACUGCAUCAUGUCAGUCAGUUGUGGGAAUGGCAAACUUAGACAGUGGCUCAUCGAGCAGAUUGACAGCGGGGAGUAUUCCGGAUUGGUUUGGGAAAAUGACGAGAAAACCAUUUUCAGGAUUCCAUGGAAACACGCGGGAAAACAGGACUACAACCGCGACGAGGACGCCGCUCUCUUCAAGGCCUGGGCUUUAUUUAAGGGCAAAUACAGGGAAGGAUUGGACAAACCAGACCCUCCGACGUGGAAGACCAGACUGCGCUGCGCCCUGAACAAGAGCAAUGACUUCGAUGAGCUGGUGGAGCGGAGCCAGCUGGACAUCUCAGAUCCAUACAAAGUCUACAGGAUUGUGCCUGAAGGAGCAAAGAGAGGCUCUAAGGCCAUCAGUAUGGAAGAAAACCCGACUCACGUGACGUCUCUUGGUUAUUCAGUGCAUUCUGCUUAUCCAGCUCUACAGCCGCAGAUGUCAGGCUUCAUGCUUCCUCAGGACAGGCGAGACUGGAGGGAAUUCAACUCAGAUCCGCCUCACACACAGACGCCUCACACUGAUCUACCGUACGGCCAGUGUCCGUAUCCACCGUCUCGCUCGCUGUCCUGGCACACAGCACCCUGCGACAACGGAUACCAGAUUUCAGGCUCCUUCUACACAUACUCGCCCUCAGAAAGUCACCCGAUGGCGAUGGAUCCCAGUAUGAGAUCGGCUGAAGCCAUGGCCCUUUCAGACUGCCGGCUCCACGUCUCUCUCUUCUACCGCGAGUCUCUAGUGAAGGAACUGACCACCAGCAGUCCCGAAGGCUGUCGGAUCUCCUCGUCUGCGUCUCCAGGCUCUCCUUCAUCUCCGUCGUCUCCGUCAGAGGAGCGUCUGUAUGGCGGGGCAGAGCCAGUGCUGUUCCCGUUCCCGUACCCUCAGUCGCAGCGGCGUGGUGCGGAGAAACUCCUGAACGUGCUAGAGCGCGGCGUCCUGCUGUGGCUCACCCCCGACGGACUCUACGCCAAACGCCUGUGCCAGGGCCGGGUGUACUGGGAGGGUCCGCUCGCUCCGUACGCCGACAAACCCAACAAACUGGAGAAAGAGCAGACCUGCAAACUGAUGGACACACAGCAGUUCCUCACAGAGCUGCAGGGCUUCAUCCAUCACGGUCGCCCCAUGCCUCGCUCUCAGGUCAUUCUGUGCUUCGGGGAUGAGUUUCCAGAUCCUCAACGGCAGAGCAAAAUGAUCACAGCUCAGGUGGAGCCGAUGUUUGCCAGACAGCUCCUGUAUUUCGCCGGUCAGACUAACGGGCAUUACCUGCGCAGCUACGAGCUGCAAAACCCUGGACCUUUACCUGUGGAGGACUAUCAGCGGAGUCUACAACACCUGACAGAGUGAAAGAAGGGGAAAACAGCCGUCUGCGCUGAGCGAGAGCGCGCUUUUACAUCUAAAAACUCUCACAGAUCUGCAGACACACUGUUAUACUGAGGCAAAUCUGUUGGAAAAGGUAAAUCUGACUGUUCAUCACACGGUUUAAACUGUUUCUGGAUGCAACUGUGAGCUUAAACAAGUCAGAGUUAUCAGCCCUCCUGUAUAUUUCUAUCUCCAACACAUUUCUAAACAUGAUAGUUUUAAUAACUCAUCUCUAAUAACUGAUUUAUUUUCUCUUUGUCAUGAUGACAGUAAAUAAUAUUAGACUAGAUAUUCUUCAAGACACUAGUAUUCAGCUUAAAGUGACAUUUAAAGGCUUAACUAGGGUAAUUAGGGUAAAGUUAGGGUAAUUAGGCAAGUCAUUGUAUAACAGUGGUUUAUUCUGGAGACAAUCCAACACUAAUAUUGCUGAAGGGGGCUAAUAAUAUUGACCUUAAAAUGAGUUUAAAGCAAUUAAGAACUGCUUUUUCAGAAGAAAAAAUAUUAUAGGAAAUACUGUGAGAAAUUCCUGAACAUCAUUUGGGAAAUAUUUGAUGAAGAAAUCCACAGGAGGGCGAAUAAUUCUGACUGUAUCUCAUGAUCUUAUUUUACAUUCCUAAUACCCAAACCCAACUACUACCUUUUAGUAUUAAUAAGCAGAUGAUUAGUAGUUUAUUGAGCUAAAACUCCUAAUAACGGGUUGUUAUUAGUGUGAAUUGUACAUUUAAAAUAAAGUGUGAGUUUAUAUCUCAAAAUUGUGAAGCUUUUCCGCUGAAUUGUGAGUUUUGUAACUUUUGUAACAGGACAUCGUCAAACGUAAACACUGCCAGAAUUCUGUCCUUUUUCUGAGUUUAAGGUUGUAAAUUUGCAAAUGUGAGUUAAUAUCUAGGCCUGUCAUGAUAUCUGUUUUUGUUGUAGGAUAUAUUGCAUCAAAAUAUACUGCGAUAAACAAUAUUAUUGUUAUUUUAAACCAUGCCACUCAUUAUAUAAUACCAGAACGUCACCAUAAUAGCAUCACUAUGCAAAGAACACAUCAUAUUUCAUUCUUAAGAGUAUUUAAUUUAGUUAUAGUCAUCAUAACAGUUUAAUAAUGAGGCACUGGAAUCAGAAUGUGAUCCUAAAUAUAUAAUAAUAAUAAAUGUCAACAAGGGAAAGAGUAACAGUGGCUGAUAUCUGCUGCCAGAUCUAUUUUCAGUCAUCAGACACCCACAUUAAAAUAUACUUCAGUCAUUUAUAGUCAACACUAUAGUGUUUUAGCCAUACUGACUCCUCCAAUAGAGAUAGAGAUGUUGAGCAAUCAGCUCAAAUGUUGCUAGCAUUGGUCUUUAUGUAUGGACGAUAUAUAUUGCAUCACAAAAAAUGAUUGCGGUCAUGUCCAUGUGUUGUGUGAUAAGUCCAGAUAUUGAUUAUUGUGACAGGCCUAUUAGUAUCUCAUAAUUAUUGCAUUUUUGUCAUACAGUUUGACAACAAAACCAAAUAAUAUAUUUGAAAACUUCUAGAUUUUCAGAUUUAAACUCUGAAUUGUGUCUCACAGUGUCUCUGAUUAUGUUUUUAAUGCAGAUUUAUAAUUAGAAUUGUGAGAAAUAAACAUAUAUUUUUUAUGUCUUUACAUGUAUGAUAUUGAAUACAGUCAUUUUUGUGAGUUUCUGUAAAUACUGUAAGGCCCAAUCCCAAUUCUACCCAUCAGCCCUUCUGCUUACCUCUUUCAUACCUCUUGGUUUGGAGUGUGGUCCUGAAAAAUCUCCAUUUCAAGAGCUAUCUAGCCCUUUCCCCUUAGCCCUACGCCUUCAAGCUAAAGAGAAUUGGGACACCCCUACCCCUUCACGUGAACACACAAAACAAGGGGCCUUUCUGCCUUUGCUUCUCUCAUGAACUUGAAAAUAUGAUUGGCAGAAUCGUAGAAAUGCUGGAUUAAGAUCGUCUAGGGGGUCGAAUCGAGAUUGCAAUCUUGUUUCGAUUAAUUGUGCAGCUCUACAUCGUACGAUGCCAAAUCGGUCGACAUCGCCCAACCCUAGUCAAGAGAUGCACAAAUUAGUAUUAUUUGUCAUUAUCACGAAUUGUAAUCAACAAACAAGCGCAUGUUCAAAGACAUUCAUAACCGCCUUCAUGUUUUACCAUCAUGCUAAAGUAAAAACACCAAGCGGCAACCUCCCGCUCUCCCUCAGGAAGCCAAUACGGAAGUAACUGAAACUGUAAUUCAUCAAAAUUCCGCUAGUCCUGCUCCAUAAUAGAGCAAGUGGCAAUUGAGCCCACUGUUAGAAUGGCCA